UCGCCGUAGACUGUGCCGGUGCUGCGAUGUCCGGGCGCGGGAAGCAGGGCGGGAAGGCGCGCGCCAAGGCCAAGUCGCGCUCGUCGCGGGCCGGGCUGCAGUUCCCCGUGGGCCGCGUGCACCGCCUGCUGCGCAAGGGCAACUACGCGGAGCGCGUGGGCGCCGGCGCGCCCGUGUACCUGGCGGCCGUGCUGGAGUACCUGACGGCCGAGAUCCUGGAGCUGGCGGGCAACGCGGCCCGCGACAACAAGAAGACGCGCAUCAUCCCCCGCCACCUGCAGCUCGCCAUCCGCAACGACGAGGAGCUCAACAAGCUGCUGGGCAAGGUGACGAUCGCGCAGGGCGGCGUGCUGCCCAACAUCCAGGCCGUGUUGCUGCCCAAGAAGACUGACAGCCACAAGGCUAAGGCCAAGUGAGCGCCGCAGAACAGAGGCCGCAAAAGUUUUACCACUGGAAACC